AGUUGUUGAUGCCUGCUUCGAUACAAUAAAUUUAGCAAAUUUUUCAAUUUUCUGUUUAUUACCUCUUUAUUUUCAUGUCAAGAAGCAACUGUAAUGGAAACGCCAGAGAUUCGUUUGAGUUGUACGAAUCGGAGAAGAUUAAAGGCUCGCCAGAAACCGAGAAGAUUCUACGUGGUUUCCCAAAAUUACCCUUAGUGGUUUGUGAGCGAUUAGAUAUAACACCUUUACUGAAAAUGCCGUUAGUUUUGAGAGAACCAACCUUUGUAGCCGUAGAUCAAGUAGCUAAUUUCAGCAAGAAAUGUUCAGUGAGAUUAAAGCGGGAAAAUUUGUUGGAACUGAAAGAGGUAUUCUUGAAGAGAAAUCUCAUAAAAAAUGCUAGCUAUGAGUGUAAUAUCUGUCAGAAGGUGUAUCUGAGUGAGAAAAAGCUCUUAAACCAUCAAGAGAAUAAACAUGUGAUAUUAUGCUACAAGCCUAAAAAUAAAAUACGUAAGAAAGUGUCCUUUUCCGACCAAAUUAUAGUUCAUGAAGUUAAAGAAUACCACAGGUGUCGAAAGUGUCCCAAGAUUUACGAAGAUUAUAACUCACUAAGGGUCCACAUGAAGGAGUUCCAUAAAAAGCGUAGGUGCUACAUAUGUUUCUAUUGCUCAAAAGAUUUUAUAGACCGUAUGUUCUUCAAAGUGCACAUAAAACUGCACUGUGACUCGUGCGGGCUGCUCUUACCUAAUAAAAAACAGUACAUAGAACAUAGACGUAGCACGUGCAAAACAGUAAAAAAAUACGAAUGUAAAACAUGUCACAUAUCCUUAUUUAACUUUCUGGAUCUGAAAGACCACAGCUACGAACACUUAGGCCAGUUUUAUAUUUGUGAUAUUUGUAAGGACAGGUUCGAUGACAAAUGUGGUCUAACACACCAUAUAAAGUUCUUGCAUUCUAAAAAACGGCCUGAAUCUUUAUACUCAAACCAUUUUGUUGGUUCGGAUAGGGUUUAUGUUUGCAACUUUUGCGAACUAAGUACAGAGGAGAGGGUGACGAUGGCUAAGCAUGUUUCCACUUUUCCUGAAUAUGGAAAGUGUGCAAUGACUGGUUAUAAAGAUUUUUACUUUUGUGAUCAGUGCUUUGAAAAGUUCAGUACAGAAACUGAUAUGUUACAGCAUAAGUGGACCCAUUAUUUGAAAACUACCAAUAUAAAGAAUGAACUACCUAAACCUGUGACCCUUUUGAAUAUGAAAGGUUCUACUACAAAUAGUACUCAGAAUAUACAAACAGUCAAUGCACAAAAUGUUACAGUGGCUUUAUUGGAUCAUAAUGCUCAUACACCUAGAAUUAUUUAUAAUGCUAAUGAAAAACUGCCAGCGUUUCUUCAACCCAGAGUUCUUGUGGAAAAACUUAUUGUACCGCUAGAAACAAGUUCACCGGUCAACUUUAGCGAUGUAACCAACUUAGAUUUGAACUCGUUAAAGAAACCAAUUAUAGAUCGAAAGAAGACUAUCUUGUCAAAACAUAGAUGCGAGUUAUGCUGCAAAUACCUGUCCACAAACUACUGUCUCACGCGGCAUAUGAUGGCCGUGCAUGGAAUAAGGAGAGAAAAUAAUUUCGAUUGCCUCCACACAACUAGAGGUACACUUCACUGCAGCGAUUGCGAAGAAGAUUUCGACCUACCCUCGUUAUUUGAAAAUCAUAACUGCAUCGGAGUACCACUCCAAGAUUCAAGCCUGGAAAUACAACUCAAUACGAGUGCGUUCAGCCAUCACAACGGCUUCGAUGACAUAAGCAUAGAUAUUGAAGAGGAUUACAUCAACUCUAUCGAUUUUGAUAUACCUGCACCGAUAGUUGAGCUAACCGAAUAUGAUAACGUCACUUUAGUCAUCAACGGCGCCCACGAGCAGUUGAACAACGCAGCUGUUAGCGAUGGUGUAAACGGGCAGUCGAGCAGCAUUGUAGCUAGCGGUGACGACGGGCAGUUAUACAGCCCGCAGUUGAACAAUGUUGGGGUUAGCGGUAACAUCAACGGGCAGUUCAACAACGUUGCAGUUGGUGGUAACGACGUGCAGUUGCAUAGCCCACAGUUGAACGGAUUUGCAGGAAGCUGUAACAUCAACGCGCAGUUGGACCACGUUGAGGAAAGCGGUAACUUCAACGCGCAGUUGAAUAACGUUGCAGUUGCUGGUAACGUGAUGCAGUUAUAUAUCCCGCAAUUGAACAGUGUUGCAGUGAGUGGUGACAUCGACUUGAAUAAUGUAGCAGUUAACGGUAACAACAACGGGCAGUUGCACAAAGUUGCAGUUGACGGUAACGACACUCAGUUAUACAACGCGCCGUUGAACAACGUUGCAGUUAGUGGUAAAGAUGUGCAGUGUUUUAACGAGCAGUUAAUAAAGGUUGCAGUUAACGAUAGUGGCAAGCAGUCUUUUACUGAGCAGAUAACUCUGGACGACAGUACAUCUCAACACUCCACGUCAUAUAGCCUGCCUGCGCUAUUUUUUCGUUUGUUGGUUAAACAGCGUAUACAAUUUUGGUAUAUGAAAAACUAUCGGAUAUAAAGAAAUCUCUCGUCACGGUGGUCGCACUCCUCCCAAAUGCCUCGACGGAUCUUCAUGAAAAUUGUAUAUUUGGUAGGUAUGAGAAUAUGUAUGUAAAUUGUAAAGUAUUAGGUAUUUUUUGUAUGUCACUGAAUUGUCAAAAAUUUCAUAUUUUAUUUGGCGCUACUUUCCUGGGCAUUACGACAUUUGUAUAAAAAUAUGUAACAAAUACCUUGACAUUGUUUUAGCGGAACCCCUAAGUUACUCCUAAUAAAAUUAGCUAUCUACCAGUGAAAAACACGUCAAAAUCGGUCCAGCCGUUUCGGAGAUUAACUGAAACGAACUAACAGACAGACUCAAUAUCGUUUUUAUUAUGGAUACCGUGUAGACUUACUUAAAUAAUUUCUAUUUUGCCAUUACUAUAAAAGACUGCACCUCUAUUAAGUUGUAAAGAAACGCUUAGCUUGUUGUAUUCAGUUUAUGAUGGGAGGUCUAACUUACGACGACCUCCCGGAGCAACGGUGAGCGCUGUGAAUUUAAAUGGGAGGUCUCGGGUUCGAUUCCCGACAGGGGUAAUUUGGGAAAUAAUUUCUGAAUUUUCUCUGGUCUUGUCUGGUGGGAGGCUUUGGCCUUGGCUAGUUACCAUCCUACCGACAAAGACGUGCCGCUAGGCGAUUUUAAAAU